AUGCGAGGUUCGCAUCUCCGGAGUAUGGCUUUCUCAAGAGAAUUGGCUGCUGAAUUAGCCAUCUCUGCUUGUGUUUUCCUUGGUUUCAGGGGAGGAUCGCGUGGUACCGGUGUACGCGUCGGGCACUCAGGUUCUCCGAAAGCUACAAGAGAAAUCGGAAUGCACCAAACAAGGUUGCCCAGCAAUGGCUGCACGGGGUGGGCGUUCUACGCCAUCGUAACCGCCGCCGGCGCCGCCGGCUCUCGGCACAAGGAUAGUGGCGUCAAGGCGAUCACGGCCACCGUGCCCAUGAAGCAUCCAUUUUUCGCGGGCAUAAAGAGCGUCAACUACCUCCCCAACGCACUGGCCAUGGCCGAAGCUGAAGAGCGAGGCGCUUUCGCGUCGGUCUGGGUCGACGAGGACGGGUACGUCGCUGAGGGCCCGACGAUGAACGUCGCGUUCGUCACCACGGGCGGGGACCUGGUGCUGCCGGCGUUCGACAGGAUCCUCAGCGGGUGCACGGCGAAGCGGAUCCUCGCGUUGGCGCCCGAGCUGGUUGGAGCCGGCCUGCUGAGGAGUGUCCGGGAUGCAAGGAUUUCUGCCGAUGAGGCAAGGCAGUGCGCCGAGAUGAUGUUUCUUGGGAGCGGCCUGCCGUUGCUGCCGGUCGUCGAAUGGGACGGCCAACCAGUUGGGGAUGGAAGAGUUGGGAGAAUUAGUCUUGCCCUGUGUGAUAUGCUCCGGGACGACAUCAAGUCUGGUCCAGAUAGGAUUCCCGUUCCUUACAGUUGA